GGUCCUGAAAGGCGCUGCAGACGCUGGAGGAGCAGCCAUAGGGCUCAUCAUCUGUACACAGCGAGAGAAAGGGGGCCAACCAUGCCAAGCCACUCACACAGCAGCAGCACAUACCUUCACUAGGGAUCGCACCGAAGACCUUCCUCUCUGCCUUCUUCCCUCCCGAUCCCUGACAACUUUCCAUCCAGAGACACCGGGCUCUUCCCUCCACAUCUACUGGAAUCCAACCAUUCCUCUCCCCCUUGGACCAUUUCCAGCAACCAGCAGCCACCAUCUAGCAUUGCAAACUUUUAUUAUUGCAUCUGAUUUUAGUAAACUUGGAUUUUUUACAUUUUUUACAUUUUUUGCAAAACCCUCUUAAAAAAAAAAGAAGAAGCAGGGAGUAUCUUGUAGAAUAAAUAAAUGAUGGAUUGGGAUUGUAGGGAGCAGUGAUCUCUUCUUGCUCAGGUCUGUGUGGAUGGAUCAGUGAUUUGUGGAGGAGCUUUCAGUGGAUUAUGUGUUCUCUACCUGGUGAAAGGUGUGCCAUGCUACCCUGAUUAUAUACACUCACUUUAUUCACUACAUCAAGUGGCUCAUGGACUAAGCUCUAGAGCAAGCACUGCUCUUUACUUUUUGUUUUUUUUAAUAUUGGAAACAGGUGAUCUUUAAAAAAAAAAGAUUUUUUUUUGAUCUAUAAAAAAAAUAAAAUUUUCUAUCGGCCAUAAAUGUAACACUGCUGAAUCUGCUUCCCACCAAAGGAGUUAAAGCUCGCCACGCUUCAUCUGGGAUUUGACCUAAAGGUGGCCUGAUUGGAUUGGAUCAGGCAGCUCAUGUAAUAAUAUUAUUAAGGAGAUUACUGCACAUUUGCUGUGAGACAAUUCAUCCCUGGACCGCUACGAUGGAAAUACACUGUAAGCACGACCCGUUUGCAGCAAUGCAUAGACAUGGAGGAGUCAAUCAGCUAGGUGGUGUGUUUGUAAAUGGCCGACCCCUUCCUGAUGUAGUACGUCAAAGAAUAGUGGAACUUGCCCAUCAGGGUGUGCGGCCGUGUGACAUCUCAAGGCAACUACGGGUCAGCCAUGGAUGUGUCAGCAAGAUCCUUGGCAGGUACUAUGAAACUGGCAGUAUUAAACCUGGUGUGAUUGGUGGAUCAAAACCAAAGGUUGCCACUCCCAAAGUUGUAGAUAAAAUUGCAGAUUACAAGAGGCAAAACCCCACUAUGUUUGCAUGGGAGAUCAGGGACAGACUGCUAGCAGAACGAGUAUGUGACAAUGACACAGUGCCCAGCGUCAGCUCAAUAAACAGGAUCAUCCGAACAAAAGUGCAACAGCCCACAAACCAGCAAGUACCACCAUCAAACCACAGCAUAGCUUCAACUGGAUCAGUGACUCAGGUCUCCUCAGUAAGCACAGACUCAGCAGGUUCUUCUUACUCAAUCAGUGGAAUUCUGGGAAUUACAUCAUCUAAUGCUGAGAAUAACAAACGCAAAAGAGAUGAAGGUAUUCAAGACUCACCUAUACCAAAUGGCCAUUCACUUCCGGGAAGGGAUUUUCUUCGGAAACAGAUGAGAGGGGAUCUCUUCACUCAGCAGCAGCUAGAAGUGUUGGAUCGGGUGUUUGAGAGGCAACAUUACACAGACAUCUUCACAACUACAGAACCCAUCAAACCAGAACAGCAGGUUCGUUGGCUCCCACGUUUGGAACAGGUUGAGUUUUCUGGCGGCUCGACAGCUCAGUGGCGCGAUUUUCGACUUUCCCUUCAUCACGAGCCACACAGCCGAACCCCGACAACAGACUAUUCAGCCAUGGCAUCGCUAACUGGUGGUUUGGAAGAGAUGAAGUCUAGUCUAACAAGUCCUUCUUCAGGCGAUUUAGGUGGAGCUGUUCCUGGACCACAAUCAUAUCCUAUUGUGACAGGUCGUGAUUUGGCAAGCACAACCCUCCCUGGGUACCCUCCGCACGUUCCCCCUGCCGGACAGGGCAGCUAUUCUGCUCCAACGUUGACAGGAAUGGUGCCUGGAAGUGAUUUCUCUGGAAGUCCAUACAGCCAUCCACAGUACUCAUCCUAUAACGACUCAUGGAGAUUUCCUAACGCUGGCUUACUAGGUUCUCCAUACUAUUACAGUGCAGCGAGAGGAGCAGCGCCCCCUGCUGCUGCCACUGCCUAUGAUCGUCACUGACAAAAUGCAAUGAGAACAUGAGCACUUACAGCUAUUAUGGAGAUUGUACAAUACAAAAUACAAAAAUUACUCUAAAAAAUCAAGAUGGAAAUAUGGAGUAAAUCAAAUUGUCAUGUUGGACAAAGCAAAUAUUUAUUUCUUUCAAACAUCUUUUUCACUAUAAAAGUUGAUUCUCAAUGGAUACAUUUCGGUUUUAUUAGUUUGCAUAUAUGUGUAGCCUAAAGAUUAUUGGAAUCACACAGUGUUCUGGCUACAAGAAGAAGAGCAGUUAACCAAUGCCGUUUCCUUGAUCUAUUGCAUCAAAUCAUGUAUAUCAUUCCAUUGUAAAUAAAUAACAUGCUUCUUUGUGAAAUUUAUGAAAGUGGCUUAGCACAAACUGCAACAUGAUAAACAUUUGUUACUCAAAGUGCUUACAGCAUAUCUUUUAUAAAAUGCUGCACUGAUCCACCUACUCCUGUAAGCUUUAAUCCAACAUUAAACCAGGUUACCAUUCACUAUGGCUACAUUUGGGGCUGAUGUCACUAAGUGUUUGAAAAUCAUCUAUUCCUGUUGUAUGUUUAUUACAUUUAAAUGAUGGUAUUCUGCUCAGAGCAGAUAGUAGUUUCAACAACCUUAUUCUUUCACUUACUGUAAAUCACUUUCCUAUAAAUAACACCAAAAAUAGGAUUAGGUACAAAAUUGCAAUAUAUAAUAUAAUAUAUAUUUAAAUAUGUAUAAAGGGGGCUUGCUUAAAAAAUGUUUUGAUAAAAUCUUAGAUUAUAUGAAAGAUGGUUAAGGCAGAACUUUAGCCCCCCCAAAAAAGGUAGAAAUGAAUAGCCCAUAUAAAAGCAAAAUCUACUUUUGCUUUAACAUUCUCAUUCAGUCUAGAGAUUUUCUCUGCUGUAUUUUUUUGUGAUGUCCUCAUACUGAAGACUUGGCUAGCAUCAUUUAACACAUUUCUUCUUAGUCAAGGUCCUCCUAGAGCCACCAUAGUCUGUGACUGGGAAGGGGGUGAACAGCACAGUGAUAACUGUGCCACUGUCACUGUGCUUUCUCCUCCAAUCAGAAUACUUUUUGUUAACACAUUGUUUUUUUUGUGUUCCUUGUUUCUUACACUCUGGCCCUUCUGUACAGGGACUGCUACAGGCUUAUACCAAGUGAAAUUCAGGUACUUACACUGCUUGCAAUUAAAAAUAUAUUUAAUGAUGUAUUCAUGAUUACACAGCAUCAUUAUUCCAUGACUUUUAUAUCUGCCUAGAGUUAAACUUUCACCAACUGUAGCAAACAAUAAAUAUACACUGUCUAUCCCAACAUAUAACAUAAUGCAAUAUAUGUUAUAGCAAGUAAACAAAGCAGAAUACAUUGUUAUUAACAUUUUUUUAAAGGCAGGUUCUUUAUUUAUAAAUGAUCCCUUUUAGGACAUAUGAAACUAGUCAAUAUGUUGUAAAUGAAUUUAUACACAUCAAAAUUGCCAUAAAAUGCUUUAUGUUUUUAACAUAGACACUUGACAUUACUUUCAAGAGUACACAGUUGAGUUUGAAUGUUCCUUAAGCCUUUUUCCCUCCUGGAUAAUAUCAUGGUAAGACCAUGCAAGGGCAUCUCAUUAUGCAGUAAUUCCUGUGAAAUCUCUGCAGUAUGGGAUUUUUGUUCCAGUUAAACUUUAUUGUAAAAUCACCGCCUGUGCUUGCAAUUCCUAGUUUUAUAAUGAAUUUGCAAAUAGAGACAAAACACCACACAAUGCAUCUAGUUAUCUAACAUAUGAGGUCAAAUCCCGCAGCUCGUAUCUAUUUAUUUUAAGAUAAAAAGCAGCAUGGAAUCAGUUUAAAUGGAUUAUUUAUUUUUAUGGUGAUGCUUCCCAUAAAGAAUGUGGGAAAGACCCAAGAGAUCUCACAUAUUGCAACAGAAGGAAACUCUAUUUCACUGAAAAAUAUAAACAUGGCCGUUCCUGCCCAGUAUAUUUUAAAGACCCUUAUGUAUACAUUAUUAUGUUUCAUUUUCAUGUUGUCUAAUAAAUCAUUAUGAAAUCUGACAUGUUAAUGAAAUGUGUGGUUUUGCAAAAGACAGGCAAAUGUGCAUAAAAAUAACUAUUUAUUAAUAGGUUAGGAAAGUGAACAAUGCUAUAAUACAUAUAUCACAAGAACGACAUAUUAAUUUAAAUGUUACUUUAGUUGAAAAAGAAGGAUGACAAAAGAAAAGCCAUGGUAAUAAAGAAUAUGCAGAAGAAGCUAAGCAGAAGAAACUGAACAAGGUUUAUUAAGUGUUUCAAGGUUAAAUGUAGAUUAACAUAUCAUUCUAUGCACAUUGACUGUCUAUUUAUUUAAUUUAAAUUCUUAUAAUUCAAAAAACACAUUUUAUAGAAACAAAAACUGUUGUUUCUGUUUCUGUUACAGCACAAUUAUAAUUACAAAAAUUGCAAUAAAUAGGGUAAAUUGGAUUAACUAAUACAAUUGACCAUAUGAAGAUAACUUACAGUAUAUCUCAUUUCCAAUAUAGAAUUCUAUGUAGACUGAACAAAUUAAUUAUUACCUACCAAAAUGUACAAUAUUGUAUUGAGUAGCUUUGGUACAAUUGGUAUUGAUUGAUAUGAUUGGAAAAAUAUAUAUGAUAACUGGUAAACUGUGUCAAAAUGUGUUGUUUCUCUAAAUGAUGCCAUAAAAGAUAUACAUAAUGUAAUUUGCAUACCCUAUAUGACAUAGAUUGCUUUUAUUUUACAUUUCUGAUUAAAAAAAACUCACUCAAUGCAAUGGACUUCAUUUACUAAAACCGGGGAGUGCAAAAUCUGCAGCUCGGCAUAGAAACCAAUCAGCUUCCAUUUUGUUUUUGUCA